AUGGCGAGUGUGGGUUGCUACACACCACUUGUCCAUGGUCCUGAAGGCAAAGCAACAUGUAUUUCAGACUGUCCCAGAUUGAGGAGGUGCAGCAACUUCUUAUCUUUUGUUGACAUUUGCUACUCUUCUGUCACUGCUCCAAAGCUGAUUGUGGACUUCCAAGCCAAGGUCAAGACCAUCUCCUUUGUAGGUUGCAUGGCUCAGCUCUUUGGGGGCCAUUUCUUUGGCUGCACAGAGAUCUUCAUCCUCACAGUAAUGGCCUAUGACAGGUACGUGGCCAUCUGUAAGCCACUACACUAUACGACCAUUAUGGAUCAAAGAGUCUGUACCAUAUUGAUGGUGAGUUCUUGGGUGGGAGCCUUUACUCAUUCUAUUAUACAGACCCUUCUCACGGUCCGGUUGCCCUUCUGUGGUCCCAACAUGAUUGAUCAUUUCUUUUGCGAUGUCCAUCCCCUCUUGAAGCUGGCCUGCACAGACACUUAUGUGGUGGGGGUCAUUGUGAUGGCCAACACUGGAAUGAUAUCCUUGACCUGCUUCAUCAUUCUUGUUGGCUCUUAUGCUGUCAUACUUCUCUAUCUCAGGAGCCACUCUGCAGAGGGGAGGCGUAAGGCCCUCUCCACCUGUGCUUCCCAUGUCAUUGUGGUCAUUUUGUUCCUUGUACCCUGCAUCUUCAUCUACAUGCGGCCCUCAACCACCUUCACAGAAGAUAAGAUGGUUGCUGUGUUCUAUACCAUCAUCACCCCUAUGUUGAACCCAUUGAUCUAUACCCUGAGGAAUGCAGAGGUAAAGAAUUCCUUGAAGAAGCUGUGGAGCAAGAAAAUGAUGGGAGAGGCAAGGAAAGACCUUAAAUGA